AUCAACACACGGACGCCAUUAAUAUUAAAAUCAGAGAGACGGAAAAUCAGAGGGUGCAGUUUAGAGAUGGAUUCGAAGUCUCGUCGGUUUCCGUUUGCAGUCUCCAGCUCUUCCUCACUGUCAUCAUCCACCUCCCUCUCCUCCUCAUCUUCAGCGCUCAGUGCGAGUCGGCUCUAUGGCAGAGGGAGUGUCUUGGGAAGAGAUCGCUUUAGCAGAGAAGCGUCCGUCAAAUUAGACGCAGACUAUCAGAGCUCCCGUCUGCUGAGCUCGCCAAGAGGUUACAAUUCAACUGAAAGUCGUCACUCCAACUGGAAGCUCUCUACUCCUGUCUCUCUGUCUUCGUCAUCUUCCUGUGAUCGAACAUGGACAGAAUCUGCCAGUGUGGACCGAGGCAGACUUACCGACUCUGAGAGAAGACCGGGAACAUACUGUGGACUUCUUGGCACAUCCCAAGACAGCGAGUCUAAACGAGCAAAACUUUCCUACACAAAUAGAGCAGCAUAUUCUACAUCCCCUUCCACAUCUAAACCUGCCAGCUCUUACUCAACUUUAGGAAAUUCUUCAUGGAAAUCCUCCAUCAGUCCAUUAUCUAGAUCCUCCUCUUCAUCCUCCUCUUCAUCUUCGACAACUCCAUCAGAGGGUCUUUGGGCCCGCAGAGAUUUGGAGAAGAGGGGGAAUUCAGGACUGACCUCACUGGGGGAGUCUAGUUACCGGCCUAGUGGGCUGACAUCUUCAUUGUACCGUUCGGAGCGUGUUACCUCCACCUAUGCACAAGGUGCUCGACCCAAAGAGAGCCAGUAUUCAUCCCACAGAGAGAAUGGUUCAUCUAGCCACCGUAUCUCAGCCGAGUACCUUCCUUCUCCUCUGCAGCGCAGUUCUCACAGGCUGACCUCAGAUUACCAGUCUGGUCCGUUCUCUCAUGAUACGACACGCUCCAGCUCUAGUUCCACCAGAACCUCCGCCUCUGUCACAGCCUCAUCCCAGCUCUCAUCCUGGAGCUCCACCCCUUACGUGCCCCUUACUGGCUGUAACUCCAGCCCACCGUCCUCUAGCCCCGCCCCCACUCCACUUCCUGCUCAGAAUGGCGGUGACUCAGAUGGCAGGCGAACAACCAGGCGUCUGCUAUCCCGGCUUUUCUCCCGACGCUCUAGUCAGGAGUCUAACUCUACCGCCAGCUCUGCCUCUGAUUCUCGGUCAUAUGACUCAAGUCCAGAUGAAGCCCCACCCUCUGAAGUCCCUCCUUUAGUCAGCCGAGGAAAUUUGGAAGCAGAGUUGAGGAACUCUGACCCUGUUCAGUCAUUUUCAUUCUUGCGCAGACGUGGACCAUCUCUCGCUCCCGUCCAGGAGAGAGCUGGUGUAGUCGAGCACGAACAAGAAUCGCUCAGAUCUCCGACAGGCCUGUCCUGGCUGAACUGGAACCGCUGUACCCCACUGUUCUCUCGUCGCAGGAGGCAAGGGCGUGACGAAAGCGCCCGCAUGGACCCUCAUCGUUCACCCCAAUUCCCUCUUGGUGACCGUGAUGGCCGUAAAACACCUGACCGGAGCACGGAUUGUGAAGAUGAUGACGAUGAUGAAGAUGAGUCCUCAGAGGGUGCCACAGCAGCACCCUCUACUGGAGCCUCAGGUCUCUCUGCGUCACUACUGCAGGACGGAGCCCGCCUAGCAGGAUGGAGCCAUGGCAUGGGCAGGGUGAUGAACAGCCCACUCUUCCGUAUGCCUGAGAAUAUGAUAAUUGGUGUGGGAGUGGGAGCAGAAGGGAGGAGUCAAACUGAUGAGCAGGUGAAAGACAAGCCCGCCCCCUCCAGAGACCCAGAGAGACUGCGAAAGAUUCAGGAGAGCUUGCUGUUGGAGGACUCUGAUGAGGAUGAAGGUGAUCUGUGCCGAAUCUGUCAGAUGGGGGAGCAGUCGAGUUCCAACCCUCUGAUCGAGCCCUGCAAGUGCACCGGCAGCCUGCAAUAUGUGCACCAGGACUGCAUUAAGAAAUGGCUCCGCUCCAAAAUCAGCUCUGGUUCUAACUUAGAAGCCAUCACUACCUGUGAACUUUGUAAGGAAAAACUGCACUUGAACAUUGAGAACUUUGACAUCAAUGAGCUCUACAGAUCUCAUGAAAGGUCGGAGUAUGAGUUCAUCAGCUGUGGCCUGUAUCUGGUGGUGCUCCUGCACCUGUGUGAGCAGAGGUUUUCUGAUGUCCUGGGUGCAGUAAAUGAUGCUGGGUUUUUCAACUUGGCGAGAACUCUACACGAGCACAUGGACAAUCUUGAAAGUUCAUACGCAGAAUCUGAUGAAGAUGAGGUGGAGGACAGCAGACCAUCCAUCGACUUCUGUGACUUGGAGGAUGAUGAUGAAGAGGAGGAGGUUUAAUGUGUUGGCAGGGAUGAAGGGGCGUGGCUUAGCCGUCUGUCUCCAUCUCCUCCCACUUGCUGUUCCUGACCUGCCUCCUCCUGCUUGAAGUGACUAUAGCCAAUGUCUGAUUGGCAGUGUAACCACUGUUCUUAGCCUAUCACAAGGCUUUCACAAUAUGCAGAUAAUUUUACAAAGUUUAUGGGAGCUGUUUGGUUCCUGUUAUGAUUUAAAUUUUUAUUUUUUUUCUUGCAUCAGGUUGCUGAGCACUCUUAAGCUUUAUUCCGUUAAAAAUCUGGUGAACCGAUGACUGCCAUGAGUGCUUUAACUAUGCUUAGAAGCUGGUUUGGGGAAAGAGAGGAUCUUGGAAGAUUCAUACUCUUACAUGGUGCAGUUGAGGAACGUUCAUCCACUCAUGGGCUGCAUCAAAAGGAGAUGAUGUGUGUUUUCAAUAUCUUUGAUUUUAAAAAAAAUAUAAGAUCCUUAGUUUCCUGGUUUUAUGUUAUUAAUACACUUAUUGUUUUUUUGUUUUUGGAGAAUGGGUGAGUGAGAAAAUGUGGUCACUUUUCUUUCAAGACUCUCUUUACAGAAGACCUUUUCCACAGUCUGUUUGUAUGUUGUACAUUAUAACAGUGUAAUUCGCUUGAAUUAU